UCUUAACUGGUAUCGUCUGUGCAGGGAAUAUAUGGUUAGGAAAAAGGAACCAGGUCUUAAAACCGUGUGCAAUAUACGAUUUCUAAGAUACCUUGAUAGUAAAACGUUCACUCUGGAAGCUUUAAUUUUUAAAAAGAAGACUACAAAUCGAAGCUGUAGGAAAAGAUGCAGCUUACGAAUGAAGAACAUAAAAAUCGUUCUAGUCUUCACAAUUCUCACAUUUCAAUGCGAACAGAGUUUGGCAAAACAGUGUCCUAGGAAUUAUAUCGACAGGACUGGGUGGAAAGGUUUUUGUUGUGAGAAGGUGACGUGUCAACCAGGAACGUAUGUUGAGAAUUGUUUAACUGACCACGGAAAGGAUACAUGUAAGGCUUGUCCUAAAUCAACUUGGAUGCUGGAUAUCACUAACUCGGACCUACCUUUACCAUGUGAGGAAUAUGACUCUUGCCCUUUCGGAUCAAUCAGAGUAGAAUACCUGCCAAACUCAGCCGGAUGUCAUCUACCCUGUAUAUGUGAUACAAAUAAAAACUUUUUUGGAUUUGAUAGCUGUAAUUGUAAAAUAUUUUCUGGAAAAUGUUCAACUGGUACAGUACUGGCUCUGAAUGGAUCUUGUUUACCAAAAAAGAUUGCUAAUGAAGAAAAUGACUUAAGACCGGACAACCCCGUCUACAUUCCAAUAGAGGGAACCACAAACAAGUUUGAAACCAGCACAAAGGAAAAAGAAAAUGAUACACCUAUAAAAAGGCCAAAAAGUACUGUUGGUGGAUCUAAUGGUACUAGGAAUAACUCAUCUGCAAAAGAAACAGUAACAAAACUGGAAAAGGGCGGCUUCGAUUGGAGGAUUGUCAUCUCUAUUUUGGCAAUAGCGUCUAUAGCACUGGUGAUAUCUAUCCGAGUUAUAUAUACAAGAAGGAAACGGAGAGAUACUCAUAACUCUGAAACCCCUCCUCCGAUUCCUGACGAAGAAAUGACACUAGUUAAGGUUCGAGACAGACUUAGAAAUGAUUAUGAGAUAUUCAUUUCUACCAACCCUCCUCCUAUUCCGGAAGAAGAAAUGACUCUGGUAAAGUUUCCAGAUAGAAGUAGAAAUGAUUCCGGGGUAUCCGUAUCAUCUCAUUCAGAGAAUACUAAUCUCAUGAGAGACAAAGAACAAACCCAAUUUUCGCCUAGAGUAAAACAGGUUGCCCUUGUAUCACCUGUCCUUCGAGAACACGCUGAACAAGAAAGUACAACCACUGAACCAUUAGAAGAAACAAACUCUGGUGGACCAUGUCGUCUUGUGAUAUCAGCUUCAACUCAGGAGCACAACAUGUAGCUGAACAAGUAUUAAAUACCGCUGCCUAGGAACUAUUUUAUCAUUCCCUUUCUUCACAAAGUCAGGCAAAAUAUUGGUAAAUACAAAUAAUCACAUAUUUUGUUACCAAUUGUAAAGCGGUCAAUUUUUUCCCCAAAGGAAUGUAUUUUAAAAUCAAUAAAAAAUGACAAUAUUUACCUAUACUGAUAGUAAGAAAUAACAAAUCAUUUGUUUUAAGAUGAUACUUUCCAUUAUUAUCAUUUGGACUUUCAAGUUUUUCUUAACGAAUAUUUUGCCUAAUUCUCAUUAACAAACCUUUGUGUAUAUGUGUAAAUGUUAUCUUUCCUUUUUCCUUUUAUGAGAGUUGUUUCAGUCUAUACAUCUACUCGUUUCUUUUUUUUUGUUACCAUCAGCAUGGUUUAUUAUUUUUUUCUCUCAAGAUUCUAAAUUAAAAGGUCUGGAGAUAAAAAGAAAAGAUUAAACUUGGUGAGGAAUAUUUCAUUUUAAAGUUAGGAACAGUUAUAAGAUGUUGUAGAAAUCUUAUCCUAUCAUAUUUUAUAAAACAAAAUCUUCUUGAAAGUAAUUCAAUUUUUUAAAUUUAAUGAAAAGAAAAAGGUAGAAAUUUAGUAAACAAAAAAUAGGGAAUAAACUGAUAUGUUUUUUAACAUAUAUAAAUGACAUAUUGAAAAUAUUUAACAUAUAUGAAUAACAUAUAUAAAUCAGUUUUUAAACUGAUAUGUAAUAAUUGAUUUUCAAUUAUUAAAAAUGUGUGCGUGUUGGUGUGUGUAUGUGUGUUUGUAUGUUUUAUGAAUGUGAAACAUAGUCACAAACAAACAAUACACUGUGAUACUGCUAAUAUAGCCAGACCACAUCUUUAAAAUACUAGCGACUUUCUUUUCUUCACUGAAAAUAUUUGAAUGAUAAUUUAAUAUUCAAACUAUAAUUGAACAUAGAACAAUAUAAAUAGUAUAAGACAUUUUGCCUCUUUUCGAGAAUCGUGACUUGUUUCCGUUUCAUUGUUUUCUUUUUCUGGGUGAUAUCCAGUAGAAUCUUUUUGAUAAAUCCUUUGAAGUUCUUCAAAAUAAAGAAAAUACAAAUGGUAAAUAAUGAAAAAGUAGUAAACAUAAUGAGUGAAUAAACAUAAUUUCUGUGAACAAAAGGUUAAAUGUCAGCAAUUAAAAAAAUAUGACAGCAUCUAGGUACCUAAAUGGGAAAAAACAUAUUUAAAGGAUGAAAAGGACGAAAAUCAAACAAAUUUUCAAAAAGGUAAGUUAGGCCAUAAAAUUGUUAUAUUGAAUAUUUUACUUUCAUAAUUGAGCUAAGAAAUUAAUUUUAGAAAAUAAAACUCCAUUACUGUCAAAUAGGUCUUUAAAAACAAAAUUUGACGAUCUGAUUGUUUAUCAAUACUGUGGAGAUAUCUACAUUGUUUUACUUUUUAUCGUUACGACUGAAAAAAAAGUGUUCAGCUGUAGUGAAGUGGUAUAGGAAAAAUAGUAGAUAAUUUAUAAUUUGCAAGAUAUUUGAAAAAGAUCGUAAAAUAUAUGUAAUUUCAGGCUACAGUCAAAGUGUUAUAUUUAGGGAUGCACAAUAAAAAAUUCUCUAAUUUUCAUGCUAUUUUCACAUUUCCUGACCGGUGUGAGAAAAUAGUUCUAAUCUCUUGUGAAGAAAUUGUUCUCAUCAAAUGAUUGGUCGAAAUUUUAUUGUGACGUUAAAUUUUCUUUGUUUCUUUUGGAUUUUCCUAUUGUGACGUCAUAAAAAUAGGCGACCAUGCCUGAUGACGUCACAUAAAAAGUAACCAAUUUUCUUCAAAUCUUUGAAAAAAAAGGAUAACAAUCAUUAGAGAAACAGAUUCCACCACUAUAUCUCGUGUAUUAUGAUAUUUCUCCACUCUCGACAGUUAAAUUUUAACUAUUUAAAAAGCUCGGCAAAGCCUCGCGCUUUAAAUAUUAAAAUGUAACUGUCUCGAGUGGAGAAAUAUCGUAACACACUUGUUGCAGUUGUAGAAUCUAUAUAAAACUUUAAAGUACAGGCUUUGAUCCUAAGUGUUCUUUAUAAAUAUCAUUCUUUUUUUCAAUGAAAUCUCAGUCUAUUAAAAGUUAUCGUAAAAGUAUGAAACAGCAAAUAUGUAUUCUUGAAAAAAUAACAAUAGUGCAUUAAAACUAAGUUUAAUAAUUGAAGUAACGAUUAAUACUCAUUAAAUUCUUUCCAAGAUGGCUGUCACAAUUGUUAUAGUCUUAUACCAUCUUUAAAGAAGACUGUUGUGUAAACUUGUAUUGUAUGAAUGUUGUUGUUGGUCUUUUUUGUUUGUUUUAAAGAUAUUGAGCAAUUUGUUUAGAUUUUAUUUUAAUUUUUAACAUAAAGUCUAAAAAAUUUGACCUAUGCGUUUGGAAAAUAAUCAAUAUUUUCACAAAUGUAAAAAAAAUGUCAUUUCAGAGACACGUGUUAAUGUGGUAUCGAUUGGCAAUAAUACAUGUAUGUAGUAUCGAUUGAUACUAACAUGCUGUAUAAAUGAUCGAUUUCUACCAAUAUAAAUCCAAAAUGCUCGAGAGUCAGUCCACUCCUCGCUAAAAACCAGAGUUGCAUAUGGCUAUGAUCUUUGAAAAAGUUUACCAAAAACUAAAAUUUGAGAAACAAAAUUACUUGAGUAAAAAGGUAAAUUUCAUUAAAGCUGUAAGUGCUGCAGAUGUGUUUCAAUUUUUCAAAAGUUCUAAAGACGCGCAAUUGACUACUAAAGAAACUUUUUUUUACAAAUUGAUGAUUAGUCUGACAAAUUCAUAUCAGAAAGAUAACCGUGCCACUUAAGUGACUUUUCAUGUAUUAAAGAAGUUGGAAACAAUGUCUUUACAUAAUUAGUUCUGCGUUAAAAAAGGCAUUUUAAUACGUAUUCAGCAACUCUUGGUAAAGAGAAGAAGGAUGGUACCAGAGGUAUUUGGUACGUGAUACCGUUAGAUUUUGAUACACUAUAAUAGUAAAUAUUAGUGUUAUCAUUUACUACGGUAUACGGAAUAUAAAAUGUCAUGCUGUGCAAACAGAAGAUACCCUUUAUAAGAGGUUCUAUCUGUUUGCCAUUGAUGAUACUUUAGCCAACAUGUAUAUGAUAUGUAUAAUAAUGUAUUCAUAUACAGUUGUUAUGUGGGAUGUCUAUGCAUAAACACGACAAAGUGGCAUGCAAUCAUCUCCUAAAUGUCUGAUAAAAAUGGUUGAUACGGUCUGAAGUUUAGUUUUGGUGUAAGGUCUGUUGUCAAAGGUCGAUUCGAUCAUCAAAAUUUGAUUCACUUGUUUACCAAAUGAUUGAUUUAAAAUCUAAAAAAAAUGUUAUCUUUUCUGACUCAAAUAUUGCUUUUAUGUUAAACCAGUAUACAAACUAAUUCAAAACGUUAUAGCAAAAAAUGUUUUUGUCACAGUUUGGAUUUUAA